AUGGAGAAAAUCAUCUACGAAAAUUCCCAGAUAGCUCCAGACUCCACAGCCGUGGAGGACAAAACCUUGUCGCUGAGCUACUCCGAACUGCUUGCGGAAGCCGCUCAUCUAGCUCGCACGCUUGGAGAGGUAGCCUCUGGUGAACUUAUUGGCAUUUUUCUUGGCCCUGGUAUCUACCAGAUUGUUGCACAGCUGGCUGUGCGCCUAUAUGAUGGUACUUGA